GCUCCUUGUUCGUGAUGAAGUGUAACGGUUUUUGUGUUUAAUGUUUGACCCUCGAUCCUGACUCAGUGUUUGCAUUUACACACCAGCAGAGGCUUAGCGAAGAGCAGAUCAAUGGAGGUUGAUGUUUAACUGUGGGUUUGGCAGCACCGAGAGUCUCCUUUGGCUUUCGCGAGCUUCUCCUCAUUUCAGCCUGGAUAGCAGGUCUCCCACCUCAAGUCUCCAAGCCUUUAAAAGCCAAUGCGGACAGAGUGGGAGAGAGCGGGAGAGCGGCACAUCUCAGAGAGGGUGGAUAGUGAACAUAUAGGACCUUGCUUUUAAAACCAAACAGGUUGGACUGAGAAGCACCAUGGACCUGUGGCUUCUGACUCUCCUGCUGACCAGCUUCCAUAGCCGCGCUCUGGCCGGUGAUGGCAACGGGUCGGACGCCAACGGCGGAUCCAUGGUGAUGCCGGAGGUGCCGGAGAUGCUGGCCGUCGCCAACCACAGCCAGGAGAAUCCCGCUAAGGAGGGAGCUCCCCUCCCGCCGGAGACAGUGAAGGGCGAUUCCUCAGAGGAGCUGGUGGGCUGCGAGGCAUCCGUCUCCAGCGCUGAGGUCCAGAAGGAGCUGGGCAAUGCUAUGAUGAAAUUUGGCCUGCGUCUGCUGGAGGAGCUGCCGGCCACAGAGGAGCAGCCCAACGUGAUGGUGUCGCCCCUGAGUGUCACCAUGGCCCUUUCCCAGCUGGCCCUGGGCGCCGUGGGCGACACAGAGACCCAGCUCCUGCGAGCCCUGCACGUCGACGCGCUGCCCUGCUACCACAAGGCCCUGCGCCACCUCCUGCAUCAAGCGCGUGAUGACGCCCUGCAGGUAGCAUCCCGGCUGUACCUGCGACCUGAGUUUGCGGUGAAGCCAGCUUUUGUACAGGGGUCACAGCAAAUGUACGACUCGUACCCGGCUCACCUCAGCAGCCUGGAGGAGGUCAAUGAGUGGGUGAAGGCUGCCACCAAGGGCCAGGUGACUGACUUCCUGUCCAGCCUCCCUCCCAACGUGGUACUCAUGCUCAUCAAUGCUGUCCACUUUAAAGGUGAAUGGGAGGCACGCUUCGAUCCGCGCUUCACCUCCACAGAUGUCUUCUACGUUGACGACAAGCACGAGGUCAAGGUGGACAUGAUGCAUGGACCCAAAUACCCCUUGAGCCUUCUCAUGCACCACGAGCUGGAGGCUCAGGUUGCCCGCUUCCCCUUCAAAGACCAUAAGAGUCUCCUGGUAGUGAUUCCCACGUUGGGGAAGGUAAAUGUAUCAGCCAUCGCAGCCAAGUUCAACACCUCCGAACUCUAUGCCAGCCUCCCGGAGCCAAGGAACAUGGAGGUGAAGCUGCCCAGGUUCAGGAUUGAGUACGGCCAAGAGCUGGAGCAGGCGCUGACCAGCAUGGGGCUGGGGAAGCUCUUCUGGGGACCCAACCUAUCCCGCAUCGCCGAGAGCCCCCUGCUGGUGAGCAGCGUGCAGCACAAGACCAGCAUGGAGCUGCGGGAGGAAGGUGCAGAGGCGGCGGCUGCUACCGGCGUGUCCAUCUUGCGCUGGAGCCCCUUCUUCGGCGUGAACCAGCCCUUCUUCUUCGCCCUUGUGGAUGACCACACGCAGGCCCCGGUGUUCCUGGGUGUCGUCAACAACCCCAACCCUGGCACGCCCCUUGAACUGAGAAGGCUGACAGGGAAGCGCGUCGUCCCAGACAAGGGCGACGAGGAUGACGACGAACCGGGAGACAAGAUGGCAGACAAGCAGGGCGAGAACAGGGGUGACAAAGUGGGUCCUCGAUCCAGCAAGAGUCAGCCCAAAUAAGUGAGGUGUCGCAGGGACUACGAGACAGAGGCUGCAGUCUAGGGAGAGUCACCCUGCCUGCUGAAGGGGGGGCGGCCUGUAUGCAUUUCUACACAAUAACAUGCACAUAUCCAUGCUUCACUGCUACGUUUGCUCUCAGACACUGAAACUAAAGUUUUUUCCUUGGGACAUCUAACAACUGCAGUGAAAUUAGCAAACUCAGAAACAGACUAAACUUUAUAUCAACAUCUUUUUGCACCUUUAGCUCAAUAUGUUUCAGCGUCCAUUUUAUUUAAAGGUGAUGCGCUUUUUCGCCACAAGAUGGCACAAAUACACAGAGCUAGGAAAUACGCGCGCGCACACACUCACACUCACACACACACACACACACACACACACAUUUACUUUUUGCAGCACCGCCAAACGGUCCUGGCCGUUUUUUACCCAGAGAAAGGUAUUCAUUUCAGAAUCAUUAUAAAAAAAAACGAGCCUUUUUCUGUGAUUUAAUAAAAACACACACACAUACUCACCUUUGUCUUAUUUCUCACAAAGCCAAACUGUUACCAACACAACACACAUGCUACCACAUACUUCCGAUGACAACUUGCUUUAUUAUCCAGCCGGCGAUGCAAAAUAAAACCUGCAAUUACUAACGUUUUACGGUAAUACUUAGCUGUUUAAUUCUUAUAGAAGCGUAACCGCCACCUAAGUUGUUAUUGGGUAAGCAAUAUUUAAUCAAAUCCAUUUCAACUGAUUUGAGUUUAAUUGAGCCUGUUUCUUAUGUUUGUUUGUUUAAUCCGCACUCUCUCAAUAGACUGUUGUUUAUUUUCCUAUUAAACAUUCAUUUUCUUUUGCAA